AUGAAUCGGCUAUUCGGGAGCAAGAACGCCAAGCCAAAGCCUUCGCUGAACGAGGCCAUCACCAGCACAGAAGCGCGCGCCGAUGGCGUUCAAGCAAAGAUCAAGAAGCUCGACGUCGAGCUCGCCCGGUAUCGCGAUCAGAUGAAGAAGAUGAGCACCGGUCCAGGCAAGAACGCCAUUCAACAGCGCGCUAUCCGUGUGCUGAAGCAAAAGCGGCUGUACGAGGCCCAGCUUUCGCAGCUUCAACAGCAGUCGUACAACAUGGAGCAGGCUACGAUGACGACAGAGAACCUUCGGAAUACCAUGGCAACCGUCGACGCCAUGAACGCAGCCAACAAAGAGAUGCGCAAGACGUAUGGAAAAAUUGACCUCGACAAGAUCGAGCGGGUGCAGGAUGAGAUGGAGGACAUGAUCGAGCAGGCAAACGAAGUCCAGGAAACCCUCGGUAGAUCUUACGGCGUCCCUGACGAAGUUGACGAAGAGGACCUUCAGGCUGAGCUGGAUGCUCUGUGA